AUGGAUGAUAAAUUAACAGUGCCUACAAGUGGGUAUUUGAUGAUGUUUGGAAAUAAUACGAAAUUAAAUCCAGAAACUCUUACAGCAUUCAUGCCAAAUACAGACGAAUAUAAACAGAUUGUUCAUCAUCGAGGUGAAAUUGUCCUCUUUAAAGGCGCUUACGUCUCAGGAUUUAAUACAAUUAUUCAAGGAACAAUUAUUUUCAAGGUCAAAGACAGAUUUAAAAGCUACAGAUAUGGAAACAAGCCAGGAAAGGUACUAGGACACUAUACAGAUGUUAUUGCAAUCGGUCAUCAUAACGAGAAAAUUUAUGGUCACUUUGUAAUGGAUGUAAUGUCGCCAGUAUUCUCUAUUCCAGAAGAUAUAAGAAAAAGAUCAUAUAUAGUUAUUCUUACAGGCUGUGAAAAAUUUAUUGGAAUUUUGAAGUCAAUCGGAUUCGAUGAAGACCGUGUUGUCGUUUUAGAUUACAAUGAAUACGUAUUUGCUACAAACUUAUAUACGUGUUGGAACCCAAGAGCCCACGGAGGAUACUGGGGACCUCCAUUAUACAGAUUGUCAAAGCAUUUACAAGAAUAUUACAAUACUACGAACUUGAAACCAACUUAUAUUGGUUUCCAUAAGCGUGUUUCUGGAUUUCGAGUUGUUGCUAACAUAUUUGAAAUAAUGGAGUUAGCAAAACAGAAAUAUCCUAAUGAAAAUAUCGUAAAAAUGACCGAUUCAUACGAAUCAUUCGCCUCCGCUGCAAAAAUUUGGGCGGAAAUGAAAAUUGUUGUUGCUUCUGCAGGAAGUAACUUAAUGAAUGCGAUGUACAUGCAUCCGCAAACAUGUAUUUUGCAUAUAGCUGCUAGAAAUACGUUGAAUUUCGCUAUUACCGCUGAAAUUAUUACUUUUGAAAUUUUCCAAGUAAUGGUAACUCAUCCAAAAAUGACUCACCUUAGUUAUGCCCAAGAACCAAUUGAUCCUGAAGAGGUUUUGAAGGCAUUGGAUGUUUGUUUUUAUGUUAUUCAAAACAAAAAAUGGCCAGAAGUUAGUGAUUAUCACAUAAUUAGAUAA